GUGAUUCCGCGUGAUUUCAAGACAAGACAUAACAACUGCAGCGAGUCAGACACAGCCCCAUACUUUGCCGGCGCCCCCCCCCCCAAGUCAUUGCACGCUAGUUCAACCAAUCGCAAUCGACGAGUCAACCGCAUUCAUACAUAUCCAGAGGUCAAUGUCUCUCGCCCAUCACGUCACUGCUAUAGAAGGUGUCGACCGCGAAGAACCCAUUCAGGAUGACGAGUCUUGCAGCAAGACGGGCGGCACCUGGCGCAGGUUGAGCUACGAUGCCUUUGCGCCCGUUGACUUGACGGCGCCGUUCCAAGAGCCAGAGCCUACGCCGCACAUUGCUGCUUACAAGAUCUCGAAUGCGAAGCGGAUUGCCCAGGUCGCGUUUGCCGUUGUUGCUUGUUGUUUUGCGUCGGGCAUCGUGUUUGGGUUCGCGUCGCUCAAGCCCGUGCUCAUCGCCGAGGGUGUCUACGGAGAUCUGUGUGAUGCCCUUGGCAAGGCCGAAGACGGCUUCCAUGUGCCCUGUUCCGAGCAGGAUCUGCGGCUGAACCUGUUCUUCAUUGCUGCGUCCAUCACCACUAAUGUGUCGUCGCUUUUUGCAGGCGCCGUUUUGGACCGCUUCGGCAGACGUGUUUGUUACACGGCCUCGUCCGUCUUCCUGGCUGUCGGCUGCAUCCUGAUGGGCUACGCCUUUCAGAUUCCCGAGUUUGAUGGGUAUCUUGUUGCCAACAUCUUUCUCGGCCUUGGUGGCACUUUCCUCUUCGUGCCCAGCUUCCAGCUUGCUAAUGCUUUCCCCAUGUAUUCCGGCCUCAUAGUGGCCAUGAUUACCGGGGCGUUUGACGCAUCUGCGGCCGUGUUCCUGUUCUACCGCAUGGCCUGGGAAGCAUCAGGAGGCGACUUUGCGCCGUCGAAGUUCUUCUUUGGCUUCUUGAUUGUUCCUGUGGUCUUAUCCAUCGGAGAGUGGACCCUCAUGCCCAGAGAAGCUUACCACACGACGCCAGAACUGGAGCAAAAGAUUGAAAAGGCAAUGGAUCCCAAGCGCGAUGUCCACGAGUCAGACGAGGAGUAUAGCGACGGCGAGCUGUAUCGUGUCAGGAGCUACCGCGCUGACCGUCGACAUGCCAAGCUGAACCAGAUCGAGGAGCUCGUGGGUGAUGCCGAACAACGAGAAGAGCGAGCCCUCCAGGAAGAGGAACGGCACAUCGUCAGUGGCAUAUGGGGUGUCAUGCACGGUCUUCCAGCCCACAGACAGAUGAUGACGCCGUGGUUCAUUCUAAUCCUUCUCCUCACCGUCCUGCAGAUGCUGAGGAUGAACUACUUCAUUGCCACCAUCCGAGCCCAGUAUCGUUUCAUGUUGCAGUCUGAGGCCGCGGCUGAAAUGAUCAACGAUUUCUUUGAUGUCGCGUUACCAGUUGGUGGUAUCAUCGCGACUCCGUUCAUCGGAAUGUUGUUGAACAACCUGAGUGUUGCCACGGUGGCUGCUGUAAUAACCUUCUACGUUGCCCUUAUCGGUGUCCUGAACUGCUUGCCUUUCUUCUGGGCUGGCUACGUAACAGUCAUUGCAUUCGUCCUAUUCCGUCCUCUGUACUACUCAGCUGUAUCCGACUACAUAACCAAGGUCUUCGGCUUCGCUACGUUCGGUCGGGUCUACGGUAUGAUCACCUGUCUCUCUGGACUCAUGAACUUCGGCCAGUCGGGCCUCGACGCCCUCACUCAUGGCCCUCUCCAUGGCGACCCGACCCCCAUCAACAUCGCCAUGGCUGUCGCUGGGACCGUCAUCGGCAUCGCCCUUACGACGUUCAUCUUUGUCAAGGCGAGGAAUUUCCAGGUGCAGCAGGAUGAGGAUAUUGCCCACAAUGAGAGGGUCGUCCGUGAGAGAAUGCCGCUUAUUCGCGAGGCUACGGGGGAGUACGGGACCGUCGGGCGGGCGAUGAACUAAAGGUAGGGUUCAGGUUUGAGCUUCAAUGGAGAUGAGCAAAUAUGUAGUCACGUGUGAAGGAGGGAAAGCACGAAGACGUGUAUGAUAUUGGGAGGAUAUUGCCUGGUGCGAUAUGAAGAUAUGACAAGACAUGUUAGAUGGUUACGACUUAAGUAUAACGAUGCGAGAUGACUAUAGCUUGUAAAUUAAUCAGAC